CUUCCUCUAUCCACAUAGAGAUCUAGAAUCAAGGGGGUUUGUUAGUAAUUUAGAAAAUGUAAUAAAGUUGUUUCAUUUUAUUCAUUCUGUCAAAAUAAGUUUUCCAUUGCUCAAAUGCAUUUUCAUGCUUAAAAUACUGUUCUGUCUGUUUCCCUCUCCUCUUUCCCCCUCAGAAAUCAGUCUGAAUUUUCGAGAUCCUCCAACUAAAAUUACUGUUAUUCCCGAAUCAGUGGUUAAACCGGAAUGGAGAUUACCUGAAGUUAAAUACCGGUUUAUAACUAGGUCAGAACUGGAUGACUUACCGAACAGUCAUUCCUGUGAUAUAAUUGGCCUUGUGACAUUUGUGGGACGGACUGAACGGACAAAAAAGAAAGGACGUGGUGAAGAUUUUUGGACAAGCCGCUGGGUACAUGUUAUUGAUGGGACCUCAGAUCAGCCAUUCAUAAUGGAAUUGUUUGCCACAUCUCAGCCAGAUGUGUUUGAACGUAUUCACCCAAGUAUUUAUCUUUUAUAAUAUUAUGAUAAUUGUAUUUUCUUUUUUAUUUCAAUGCAAAAUACAUUCUUAGAUGAGCAUGAACUUUGAGCACCAGACAUCAUUACCUUAAAAAAAAUAGCAGUAUAGAUUUUCCUUAUCCCGAAUCAAAAAAUAAAUGACCUGAAUGAAACCAAACCCAAACA